AUGGAAGACUUUGAAAAUGGGCUCACGCGUUUCCAGCGCUGGCAUAUUGAUGCUCCGCUAUAUGGUAAAGACCCCGCAUGGUUCACGACUUUGCGGUGCAUCACACUUCCCAAAGGACCAGACGUUACCGUCGAGUGGGCCGACGGGUCGGAACGAACUAUGAAGUCGCCACCUGGCCAGACUGCAUACUUCAGUACUUCUCAGCUGUACCAAAUGCUCUCUACCGAAGAACAGGCGUUGGCUGACCAUAGCUGGGUUGAAUAUGCACCAUACCCCUACAAGUGGGUCGGAAGCUGCAAAGGGAACUCCAAUGGUCUAGGUCUGGCAGAAGGAGUAAAGAGGUAUCCUUUGGUCUGGGUCAAUCCCCUGACGGGCGAGAAGGCCUUCCAGGUGCAUGGUAUGUGCGCUCAAAAGCUCUAUCUGCGCAGGUGGCAAGACGAAGAGCCUCGAGUUAUGGAGGAUGUUGCCGAUAUUAGAAACUUUCUCUUGGAUAUUCAAAAUCGUGUUUUGAAGCCGGAGUACGUUCUCUUGGCUCCGGUCGAAGAAGGAGACAUGGUUGUUUGGGAUAAUUAUGGACUCUUUCACUCAGCUAUUGAUUACCCUAUAAGCAUGGGUCCAAGGUCAAUGCAUCAGGCAAAUAUUAGUGGCAGCGUUGGCCCAAAAGGGCCUGUGCCGAUCCCAUUGACGGCCUAA